AUGGGGGCAUUUGAAGAGGACGUGGGGAUGCUGCUUUCCUUCGAUACCCCGGAGCUGGGGGAGUUCAAGGAGGUGGGAAAGAAGGCCAUGUACAGAAUAUGUGUAAAGGUGUCCCAUGCCUCUUCCCUGGAAGGGGAUUACCUUGAGUGUAUCAGUAACCAGUCUCGUCUAGCAAUGAGCUCAGAGGAUAGAGGAUCUCUAUUCGGGAACAUCCGCGACAUCUACCACUUCAACAGAGAUCUGCUACAUGACCUGGAGAAAUGUAAUUCAGACCCUGUGGCCAUCGCAGAGUGCUUUGUAUCAAAGAGUCAAGAGUUCCACAUUUACACUCAGUACUGCACCAAUUACCCAAGGUCAGUGGCUGUGUUGACUGAGUGUAUGAGGAAUAAGGCAUUGGCCAAGUUUUUCCGGGAACGUCAGGAAUCUUUGAGACACUCCCUGCCUUUGGGCUCCUACCUGCUCAAGCCAGUGCAGAGGAUCCUCAAGUACCACUUACUGCUACACGAGAUAGCAAACCACCUGGAGAAGGACACAGAGAUUUAUGAGGUGGUGCAGGAGGCCAUAGACACCAUGCAGAGAGUAGCCUGGCACAUCAACGACAUGAAAAGGAAACAUGAACACGCUGUCAGGUUGCAGGAAAUCCAGAGUCUGCUGACCAACUGGAAGGGGCCUGAUCUGAUUGGCUAUGGGGAGCUGGUUCUGGAGGGGACGUUCCGUCUACAACGAGCCAAGAAUGAGCGCACGCUUUUCCUGUUCGACAAACUGCUGCUGGUCACCAAGAAACGUGAGGAGGCCUACACCUACAAGGCCCACAUCCUGUGUUGCAACCUGAUGUUGGUGGAAGUCAUUCCGAAAGAGCCACUCAGCUUCAGUGUGUUCCACUACAAGAACCCCAAACUACAGCACAACGUACAGGCCAGAUCCCAGCAGGACAAACGCAUGUGGAUCCUGCAUCUAAAGAGACUCAUACUUGAAAACCACCCGGCUAAAAUCCCAGCCAAGGCCAAGCAGGCCAUUUUGGAGAUGGAUGCUAUGCACCACCCAGGUUUCCACUACUGUCCCGACAGGUACAAGAGGAGCCCCCACACGAAGGAGGGCCCCUCCCCUCGACGGGUCCGCAGGAAGUCAGAGCCGCUGUCCAAGUUACUGAAGAACGCUAAACAUGGUGCCAAGGAAGAUGUCUCAAAGCAGACAAGUCUGGGCGCCACCCUGCUCUCCCCUGUGUCCCAGCUGGCUCUGGGCACUAUUGGCCACAGCCGCAGCCUGGUCAACCAAUCACAGAAGUCCCUGGACCCAGGUGACCAUUUUGACCAAAGCGACAGGGAGGAUGGGGAGGAGCCACAUCAGCAGGACGCCGAUGAUGAGGAUGACAGCAGACUGGGUGGGGAAAAGAGGCUGCAAGUCCCAGGACAGUCUAGCAGGAAGAGGUUGAACCAACAGGCGCCUAUAGGCAGCAGCAUCAACCAAUGGAAGACCUUCAACAUGAGCUCCUCAGACCUACAGAGGAAUAAGGAACGUCACCACCCUCCUCUCCUAAAGACGCCCUGUGUGACAGAUGAACCUCCGGAACCCAACGUCCCCUCCAUGCUGGUCCCAGACGGUGACCCCCAGACGGUGGGGAACAUCUGGGCAGAUCACAGCGUCCGCAGAGCCAUGUUCCCCACCCGCCAGCGCACCAUGAACGAGGAGGACGAGGACAUCUACCAGAUGUUUGUCCCCACCGAGCCCGGUGGGCCAGAACCAGAACCACCUCCUGUUAGGUCAGAGGUCAUGUCAUCUCCCAGCAGGACCCAGGGACGACCCUGCAGCUGGCAUGUGGAGCAGGUGCCCAUAGUGCAGAUCGACCCCCUGUCCACCGGGGACAGCAGAGUGCUGUGGAGAGCCAGCAGCGUGGGUGAGAAACAGACUGGCUCCCGACACAGCUGCCCUGAUCAGGGUGACAAUCAGCAAGAGAUGAUCCACAUCGAAUCCUCCAGCAAUGACAUCUCGGGUUCGUCAUCAGCCGAGCACCUGACGAUAGACGACAUUGAGAAUGUUUAUGACAACAUCAGCUACGAGGACCUGAAGAGCAUGGGGCUGAUCAAGAGGGAGCAGGGGGGUCGGGGGAUCCAGCGAGAGGGCCCUAGAGACACACAAGGCCCUAGGGCCCUAAACACCGGGGUGACAGGGGGUAUUACAGAGACUCUUAUCGAGCCAGACAGCUUGUCUGACAGUAACCGCUCUUCCACUGCCCAGGAGCUGAAGAUCGUGGAGGAGGAGGACAUGUAUGACACUAUCUGCUUCAGGGAGCCCCCAGCGAAGGGUGACAGGGACGGGGACAGAAAGGCACAGGAGAGGGACAGUCUGUUCCAGUCUGCCUCUGAGACUGACCUGGUGGGCUGUGAGAGACUUGGGGGCUUCGUAUCUGAGGAAAGCCUCCAUUUUGGGGAGGACAAAGGGAUGGAGUAUAACUCCCAUCCCGUCCAUGGCACCUCUGAACUGGACAACUCCUCCUCAUCUGCCUCGAAAACAGUCUCCCAACAUUCCAACACCGGCGACCGGAUGUCGGAGCAGGUGGUCGAGAUCUGGAACGAUUUGGAAAACUAUAUCAAGAAGAACGAGAAGAAAGUGGAACGCCUUCCCGCCGCAUUUCCCAUGAGCACCAGCGAGGCCCCCAAGACCUCAUCUGUCAAGAGCAGCACCAAAAAUAACAACCCACAUACAGCCAGCCCACAAACAUGCAGCCCCCCUUCCAGGAGCCCCCUAGACCGCCAUCCCAACCCUCCUACUGUGACCCCACCUCACCAAUUCACCAUCCCCAACCUCAAAAUCCCAGAGCUGCUCAGAGAGGGUACCUUUGAAGACGAGGACCAUUUCCCCUCUCACUCUCCCCCGUCCCUCCCCCUGCCGGCCGUCCCAGACCCUGCCCCUCCUGGGACAGUCAAGAGCAUCCGUAACAAACUGGCCCGUCUCAGCACUGGGAGCUUCCAUCUAGAGGAUGAUGAUGAGCUGAGGGAGCUGCCCCAAAAGCACCCCAGCCAGAGGGAACCCUCCAUCAGGGUCCUCCACAGCCUGUUCCCUGGGGAGCUGGCUUUGGACUCUCCCUUGGCUUCCUCCUCUCUCCUUCUGGGUGACUCAGUGGACAGCUUCUCCCAGGAGCUCAUGGACAAGACCAAGAACCGUGUGUUCCUGAUGGCUCGCCAGUACAGCCAAAAGAUCAAGAAGGCCAACCAGCUGCUCCGCAUGAAGAGCAUGGACCCCGGCGACAUGUCAGGAGGACACAACAGGGAGGAGAAGAAGCAGCAGAAAGACCUGGAAAAGAAGCAGAAUGACCUGGCAGCCAUUUUGGAGGAGAAGAAGCAAGGUGGUACUGCCAUAGGUGCGAGGAUAGCCGAGUACUCCCAGCUGUAUGACCAGGUGAUGUUUAAAGACCCUCCAGAUCAGGGUUCCAGUAGCCUGUGCCCUUCUGGCUCGCACUAUUCCCACCCCGCGCUACCCUCUUCCCAAUCCCUGCCUGAAACCUGCUCCUCCCUGGGGCAGGAAGACGACUGGCUCCACUCAACCUACAGCAAUGGGAGCUGACCAGCUUUGUGUCAGAGAUGCUGUCCUCCACCCCCCAGAGCAAGCUCACCCUGCCUCCUCCGUCCCAACCCUAAAGACCCUACCUCCCUCUCCGGAGACCUCACCCACCCAGCGAUGGAGCUCUUGUGUCUCCGCCUCCAGCGAGAAGGAGGAGCAUGUGUACAGUUAUAUUAAACGACAGACCUCCUUUAACUCCCCCUCAUCUUCCUCCUCCUCUAAACCACCUCCUUACUGCCGCUGCCAGUCUAUCUGCUCACUGGGUGACCUGCAGGAGAAGGAGAAUGAUCGUGUCAGGUCCAAGCGUGGUUCGACUGCAGUCCAGAGAUCCUCAGAAAGACUCCAUGGCCCAAGCAGUCUGGUCCGGGCCAGGCGGCAGAGUAGCCUCCCGGAGCAGUCCAGUUUCGGUCAUGGUCACUCUGACCUCAACCUCCAGGAAAGUCAGCAGGUGGUGGUCCUGAACAAUGCCUCUGCACUGAGCAUGCUCACAGCCACCCAAAACUACAUGGCCAACUUCAAAGACAAUGGCGACGACGACGAUUACGUAGAGAUCCGCUCUGAGAACGAGCGGGAUCAGGACUGCUCCAGGCAGUGUAUCACCGGUGGUGGUGGUGGUGGUGGUGGGGGUGGUAGCUCCAAGGGACCAGCCCAGAGUCAAAUCCAGAGUCUUCCCUGCACUCCGGUAAGGUCCUCCUGUGGGCUGAUGGACUGGGAGCAUCUGCAGGAGUACCUGCGGGCGGAGCAGCAGACACAGCAGAACCAGUCCAACAUCAUCCAAUCACUCCGAGAGAAGUUCCAAUGCCUCAGCUCCAGUAGCUUUGCUUGAGUCGCCUUGACUACCCUUAACACACCACCAUAUGAACACACUAGUGCACGUAGCACAAGCAGAUCUGUAGCUUUGCCAUUCUUAUCAUGACAACAAAUAACUCUCAUUAUACACAAAAGACAACAAAGGACAUGAUUUCCUUCCACACACAACAUGUCUAGUUAUUAUGACAAGGAAUGACACACAAUGCUAAAUUCAGCACACUGUACACAGCACACUGUACACACAUAUUACACACUACACACAAUAAAGGUCUGUAGCUUUGUCAGAGUCUUCAGGACAACAUGAAAAUAGAUAUAUACAUCUUAGCCUCACAGUUAUAUUUCACACACAACGUGCAAUACUGCAGCUUCGCCAAAGUCACAUGGUCAAAGGACAUGUCACAAAACAACAUGCCAAAUACUGCAUCUGAGUAGUCAUGGCAAAAUACAGUACAGGAACAUACUAGUACUGCAGAGGCACUCCACCACCACAGCACUUCCUUACAGUCUUCCAUGUCAAGUAGAUUGACAUUCAUAUUUAUUUUAGAUAAGUUGAAAAAGAACUAUGAAACUGUCAAAGUUAUCAUUCUAGCAAACUGUAGAUGAUGUUGCUGAGUCCAACAGGGUGUGGUAAGGGGCUCAGAGUGUAUGGGCUUACGGUUCAAAGGGAAGCAUAUAGGUUAUAUUUUAGAGAUGUUGGAAAUGAUGAUGCAGUCUACAGCAGGCUACCAAAUUACAUUUUUGGAAGGGGGAAAGGGUUAGAAUGAAUGGAUCUGUACAGUAUAUGUACUGUACAGAUCCAUUCAUUCUAACCCUUUCCCCCUUCAACAAAAAUACUGACAUUCCAAAAAUGUAAUUUGGUAGCCUGCUGUAGACUGCUAGCGUCUCUUGAUGAGGAAAUGGCACUGGCUGAAUUGGGGUUAUGUUGCUGUAAUAUGCUGUUUUAAACAUCUAGUAAACAACCCCCCUUAUCAAGGUUUCAACCUUUGAGUAUCGGAAAAGUUCUUCCUUUUUAAAAGUUGUUUUGUUUAUUUAACUUCCUAUAGAUGAGCUUACCCGUUAUCAAAGGGAUGAUCCUAUAUGACAAAAUCUCAGUGAUAGUGUUUUAACUGUAUAAAAUACAGUAUCAACCAAUUUAACAAUCUGAACAAGCAAUUAGCUCAGGAAUACAGGCUAGGCAUGGACAGUUUAUCAGCAAUAAUAUAUGUAUUUUUUAAAUAGGAUCCAGAUGCCUUUUUAAGCUUGGAGCCUCCACACAUACUGUUCAUUAAGAUGAGUUGACCUAUAUUUUACUUUGAGCUGUGGUGACGUCAAGCAGCAGAUAGCCUAUACCAGUAUUCCUAUAAUGAUUCAGCUUUCUCAACCUGCUUUGUCAUAACUACGGGAUCAUGCUUUAAACAGAAUAAUCUUAAAAUAAAGAGAAAGGUACAGUAUGUUGAUAUUUCAAUUAUUUUCAAUAAACAGCAAUAGGAGUUAUCUAUUUAUUCUGAAUCUGUGUGUCUGAAAAUGUUCUUAAUGAUAUAUUAGUGCUUUGCGUACACUAUGUAGGUUAAGUGGUAAGAUGCAUCCCAAGAACCUAAAAUUUUAUUUUAUCUUAUUUGUUAAAAAAAACAUUGUUUUUAGGAGGGACCAUGGGGUGUGGGGUGGGGUGUGUUUGACCUAGACAUCACUUCACAGUUUCAGUAGUGAGGAUACAUGUUUGAACUCAUCAAUGUGUCCCACUUACAACAUCUUAUUUAUCAUUGCUGUUGAAUUGUAAUAUUAUUAUAAUAUUAUUGACCAAAGUUUGUAAAUUAGAAUAAAAUGUAUUUAUUAAAACUUUG